UGGAAAGCAGAGGGAAGAGAGAAAGGAAGGAAGGAAGGAAGAGAAAGAAAGAAAGAAAAGACCCACUUCCACAACACUGAUAAGAGAAGACCUACACAAAGAGAAGACCUACACAGAUUCCUUUGCACAGGUGCCCCGAUGGCACCAGACGACGGUACAGAAUGGCUGCUUCAGCUGCUGAGCGAAAUCCAGUUAGAGAAGUUUUAUAGCAAGAUCCGAGAUGAGCUUCACGUUACCCGUCCGGCCCAUUUUGAUUACGUCAGGCCCUCUGACCUCGAUCGCAUUGGCAUGGGGCGCCCAGGACAGAGACGGUUAGAAGAGGCCUUGAAACGCAGGAAGCCCCAAGGUCAACGCCCCAUGUCCUGGGUGUAUAAGAUGUUCACCGGGGGACGAUCUCCAGAGAACGAAGAAGCCCCUGCCCCCCAGCCCUCCUCGAUGCCCCAGCCCUCUUCCACUCCCCGGGCGGAUGCGGACGUCUCCCUUAAAUGCCUGAUCAGCGAAUGGGAUCUACGGCUCCGUGAACGCCUGGGAGACGGCUGCUACGGAGUGGUGCGCCGUGCCGACUGGAGCACGCCCGGCGGCGGAGUGCUCCCUGUGGCUGUGAAAUCCCUGCGUUCCGACGUCUCCGCCGACCCAGGCGCCUUGAUCGAUUUCCUCAACGAGGUCAACGCCAUGUGCUGCCUGGAUCACCCCAACCUCAUCCGCCUCCAUGGGGUGGUGCUCACCCAGCCCCUCAAGAUGGUGACGGAGCUGGCCCCCCUGGGCUCGCUGUACGACCGCCUCCGGCCGCCCUUCCCCCUCCACCAGCUCUGGAGCUACGCCCUUCAGGUAGCCAAGGGCAUGGCCUACCUGGAGUCCAAGCUCUUCGUCCACCGCGACCUGGCGGCCCGCAACAUCCUCCUGUCCUCCGAGGAGCACGCCAAGAUCGGCGACUUUGGCCUCAUGAGGCCGCUGUCGAGCAAGAGCGACCGCUACAUCAUGUCGGCCCACCGGCGCAUCCCUUUCGCCUGGUGUGCCCCGGAGAGCUUGCGCAUGGGGAUUUUCACCAACGCUUCUGACGUGUGGAUGUUUGGAGUCACCCUCUGGGAGAUGUUCUCCUACUGCGAAGAGCCGUGGAUGGGUUACUCGGGGAGGCAGAUUAUGCUCAAGAUCGACAGAGAAGGUGGGCGGCUUGAACGCCCCGACGAUUGCCCCAGGGGUAUCUACUCCCUGGCUCUGAAAUGCUGGGCCCACAACCCCGAGGAAAGGCCCCGUUUCUGUGAGCUGCUCAGCCUGUUGCAGGAGCUCCGUCCGAAGGAAGGGAAGGCCUCCCAGGACCUGAAUGAUCCUGGCUGGCUGAGGCUAGAAGCUGGCGAUGUGGUCACUAUUAUUGAAGGCAGCCCCGAUUCAUCCACAUGGCGAGGGCAGAACAAGCGGACUCUGAAAGUGGGCAUCUUCCCGUCUUCCGUCGUGGCACCAGAGGAAGGAGCGCCCCCUGCUGGAACACCACGGAUCAGUCUCCCCGUCCAAAGCUCCUUUGUUCACCUGGGUCAUGGGGACAUUGAUCCUGACCGUGGAUGGGGGGCCCCGGACCGGAUGGAGGAGAAGAAACCGAAACCGCGGGCAGGGAAUGUCAAACCCCAGAAUCGAGCCAAGGGCCAGCAGCUGUUGCAGUUGGCACGCCUUUCCAAAAGUCUGGAGUCCAUUACGGAAUUCAGCGUCCUGCGCAACAAACCCAAGAUCCCAGUCCUCAAGAUGGAUCACCUCGGCGUGCCCGCCCAGCGGCGCUUCAGUGACCUCGCGGGGCCUUUCCCUUCAGCCCCCCAACCUGAGCAUCGACUCCUCAAACCUGCUUCCCGUCUCCCAAACCCAGCCCUCCCCACGUGGGCUCUGCCCAAAUCGGACGGUUCUUCUGGGGCCAGAGACAAGGAGCAGAGACCACCCCGGCCAGCCCCCAAGGGAGCCAUGGUGCUCCCUCUGGCCCACGCCGGCGGGCAGAGACCAACCAUGAGCGAGAUCGAGAAGAAGAUCAGAGAGGUGGAAGACAGGGUCCACGGGACCACGACCGAGGAGUGCCGUGAGGCCUUGAGGCUGAAUGGAUAUGAUGCCCAAAAAGCUGCACAGAUGCUAAAGGUGGACCAGCUCUUCCACAUGAGCGCCCACUCGCGCGAAGAAUGCCGGCGGAUCCUGGAGAAGCACCGCUGGAACCUUGCCAUGGCCUCGCGCUACGUGCUCAGCCGGGGCCUCCGAGCCUGACCUAGGGGGCCGGGGGGGCGCGACUGAGGCAGGACCCAAGGUGCUAUUUGCUCACGUCUUCCGCCUCUGCUGCCACCUCCCAGCGAAGACCUGUUGGAAAUGACUUGGGGUGUGUGAGAGAGCGUGGCAGAUACGGCCCACUGUGGCGUUCUCCUGUCCCCGUUCUUUUCAGCGGGGCUUUUGCAGAACGUCCCCUCUGGACUGUGUCAAUUGAUGCAUAACUCCAUGUGCCUCUCUCCCUCCCUUCCAACACUCCCCCAUCGAGGAAAAGGCGAGUAGGGGAAGCCCUCAGGACUGCUUUAACAUCAGUGGAUCCUGUCUAAAGUUCUAGUUCUCCCAAAGGAACAGAACAUGUGCCUGGACUGUACCACUUCUAGACUGUAGGUGAAGAGUCUUGCAGGCUGAUUUUAAUAAUCCUAAAGAAAAGUGGCUUGUUUAAAGGUGCCUUGUAUACCAGGGGUUGGAUCCAGGAUCUGCCUUCCACAAGAAGAGACUUCCACUAAUUUGGGGGGAUCCUCCCCUCAACACGGCCCCAACUCUUUAUGUACCAUUUUCAGGGGCUGCAGCAAGGAGGACAACGACAAGGAAUUCCGCUUUCGCCAGCCCAGAUGAUCCGGCGUAGCAAAUCUGCAUCCAACCCCAACAGUCUCCCCGAAUUCUAGGCCACGGCCUUUCUUCUGUGAUGCCACUGAAUUCGUUCAUUUCUGACUUUGCCCGUUUGCAACGCUCGCCUUUUUAAUGAGCCUGGACCAGCAUCUUACAAAUUCUCUUUAAGUUUGGAACGGAUCGCGAGCUUCUGAGCAUACGCAGCCUGUAUCAAAACGACGUUAUUUCUGCGCAUACGUGGUGGUGGUGGUUAGAUUAACCCUUUUCUUGUUAACAGCAAACUGUGAUGUCACAUUACCCAACCAUGUUUGAAGAAACAGUGAGAUCAGGGUGUAGGCACACACACGUUGUCCUUUUAAUUCUCCCCCUGGGCUUGUUUUUUCCUAUUCGCAUGGGAAAAAAACCAACCAUAAGAACAUCAGAAGAGCCCGGAUGCUGGAUCAGACCCAGGGCCCAUCCAGUCCAGCACUCUGUUCACACAAUGGCCAAACAGCCGUCGGCCAGGGAUGGACAAGCAGGACAUGGUGCAACAGCACCCUCCCACCCAUGUUCCCCAGCAACUGGUGCACGCAGGCUUACUGCAUCGAAUACUGGAGGUAGCACACAACCAUCAGGGCUAGUACCAUGGAUAGCCUUUGCCUCCAGGAAUUUAUCCAACCUCCUUUUAAACCCAUCCAGAUUGGUGGCAACCAUAAAGGGGGGGGGGGGGGGCUCUGUAACUUGAUGCGCGAUGCAAAACUACAGGUCCCAAGAUGCACAAGCUCUCAUUUCGUGGAAUGAGAGUUCAUUUUAAGAGCGAACUCCUGACCAAACUUGCAUGGGUGGGUUUGAUAUUAUCCGAGGAAAUAAAUUCGCCCGGGCGAAGUUCACCCAUCACUACUUCAGAGUCAGCAUUGCGCAGCUGUUUGCUACAUGCAGGAAAUGUUUUUGUACG